AAUUGAUCCUAAAAUUAAAUUCGACCUUCGAAUCUAAAAUUGUCAUCAACACCAAUCAUAUCAUGAGUAGCUCUGGCUCUCCUUGUGGAGCUUGUAAGUUUCUUAGGAGGAAAUGUGCAAAUGGAUGUGUGUUUGCUCCAUACUUUUGUCAUGAACAAGGAGCUUCACACUUUGCAGCCAUUCACAAGGUCUUUGGAGCUAGCAAUGCUUCUAAAAUCCUCUCGAAUCUCCCCAUUAGUGAUCGUUGUGAAGCCGCCAUUACAAUCUCUUAUGAAGCACAAGCUAGGCUUCAUGAUCCCAUUUAUGGCUGUGUCUCUCAUAUCUUUGCUCUCCAACAACAGGUUGUGAAUCUACAAGCACAGCUUGAGAUUCUAAAGCAACAAGCUGCACAAAGCAUUAUGUUUGCUGAUUCACCAUCAUCAGAAAACCCUAAUAGUUAUUAUGGAGACAAUACUAAGACUUCUUAUCAUCAUGAUCAUCAUCAAGAACAUCGAAAUAUUCACCAUCAUCAUCAUGAUGAGACCCGUUUGGUUUACCAAACCGGAAGUUCAGGGAUGGUUCAGCACGGAGAUGCGACAGUGAACAGUUACCCCACCGGGAACUGCUCGGGCUUUGGAGAAGUCUUCAUCUACCCUGACUUGGAACAACACUUGAACUCUUUCAAUCAAGAUCAUCUCAAAGAGCUUCAGUCAGCAAAUUUUGGCUACAUCUCCUUCUCAUGAUGGUUCAUUCUAUCAAGACAUGGAUAAAUUGAUUCCUAUCAACAUAUCCCAUCUAUAUAUGAUUAUAUAUAUAUAUAUAUUAUUUUUUUAUGUAGCUUAUAUAGGGACUUAUAUAUGCCUCAAGACUUUUUGAUGGUUGUAGUCUCGAUUGUUGAUGUUGCCUAGCUCAAAGAACCGGCUUUGUAUUCAUAAAUAAGAAAAAAAUUCUAGAUGCCCUAGAAAUAUAUUAAAGAUCAUAUAUAUUCAUAUCCUCAAAGAUCUUUUGGAGCAUAUAUCGUUUUUAUUGUUAUAUAUGUAACAUAAAUCAUACUAACCAUCUCGAUAUCAUCACAAAUUUAUUACGUUUUAACUUAAAACAACACAAAUCCUUACUUAACUAAAAACACUCUCUGUCUUGAUUCUUAAGACUUUGCUCGUACGUACGUCAAGUCUAGUACACUCGGCCUUGGGGGUGUUUCCCUCAUUGGAGACGGAGAUUUUUCUUUUCUAAAUUUGUGAAAUGUUACAAUAUUUUUGAAUAUGACAAUAAAACAAUAUUUUACUA